CAAGCCCCACCAUAGCAUAGAACGUAGGUACGGACGCAAACUCCCUGACGCCUUCCCAGCUGAUUGAUAACUGAGGGCAACCACGGAGGUGAUUGUGCAAAGCACUUAACCCAAAUUAUUUCUACCAGAGUUCUUCAAUUAAUCUUUCUCCCAAACUCAAACAACUUCUUUUUUUUUUGCACAAAUCAACGAAAACCUUCCGCUUUCUUUUUGCUGCAAGACGCUGUAACGCUGUAACGCAUCGUACCUCUAACACAAUGGCGCCUCCCAAGAUCAUCAAAGCGUACAAUGAAUCGGAGGUCAUCUGUACCUACGAUGAGGCUAGCAACCCCAUUGUCCCAAAGAAGACCCUGAAAGGCUAUGCUAAAGAUGUGUUGGACGUCUUUCUCCCGGCUGGUUACCCCCACACCGUAACGCCUGAUUACACGCCGUACCAGAUUUACGAUUCUCUUCAGGCUUUCUCCAGCACUAUUGCUGGCCUCCUUUCAUCCCGGGCCGUUCUUCAAGGUUUCGGUGUUGGAGAUUCUGCUUCCUCGGCAACUGCUGCCGUACUUCUCACCGUGCUGCAGGAGUCAACUGGCAGAAUCGCUACCAUCCUGUUCGCCCACCGCCAUGGCCGAGCUAUUGAGCCGGAAUGCAAGUACUACCGCUUCCUGGCCGACAUUGUCAAUGACUCAGCCUUGUUCCUGAGUAUCCUCUCUCCUGUUCUCCCUCCAUAUCCCAAGACCUUUGCCCUCUGCGCGGCCGGUGCCCUUCGCGCACUUUGUGGCGUCUCAGGCGGAGCUGCUAAAGCUUCUCUUAGCGCUCACUUUGCCAAGAAUGGGAACCUCGCGGAGCUCAAUGCCAAAGAUGGAAGCCAGGAGACUGUCAUCUCGCUCUUAGGCAUGCUAGCUGGCAGCAUGUUUGUUCAAGUUGUCCAUGGCAAGAUAGCUGUAGGGAUCUCCAUGGUUGUUCUCGUAAUUGUCCAUCUCUGGACCAAUUACCAGGCUGUCCGUUCCGUACAAAUGCGUACUCUGAACAGACAGCGGCUCACUAUCAUCCUGGAGGAAGCAACCGGCCCACGCGGCGCCAUUCUUCGUCCCGAUCAAGUCGCGAAAAAGGAGCACAUUCUCACUUGGAUUAGCCCAUCUGUCUCUUUCGGCACUACCUUCCCCCGGCUUCGAGAGAUUAGCCAUUUCAAAAACCAGAAGUAUCGAGAUUGUAGCUACGUCAUUGUUCAGCAACAGGAUAGCUACAAGAUCUUCUUGAAACAGGGUGCUCCUACCAUAGCCGCUCUACAGGCUUGGGCCGAAGCCUUCACUGGAUUGCAUUGGCCGGUGGAUAGCAAUUUCUGGAAGGCCCUCAAGGCUGCCGGCUGGGAUCUCCAAACCAACGCCAUGGAGAUAGGUCCUUCUGUUCGUAUCGUUAUGGACGAUGAGAACAAAUUGGCUUAGUCUCAGCGUUAUGGAAGGCUGAUUUCGUUUCGGAUUUGUGUUUAGUUGAUUAAGGGGUUUUUGGAGUUCACGGAAGGUCGGUUGGUCGGAUGUAAACUAGGUUGAUACCCCCAUCAAGUGCGUUGGCUUUCAGGCACAGGUUCUCGUAAUGGAUAGGAAAAGAGGUACAUAUACAG